AUUUUGAUAAUCUAAAUGCAAAAAUACAAAAUCCACAUGCACUAUAGGAUGUCUGAGACAUUUUUGGCACAAAGUUCUUUAUAAAUAGAUUGUCAAGAAGAAAACUGCAAUACAACAAACAAGUUCACCAAGAAUUCUACUUCAUAUCAAGUCAAGAUGAGUACCUAAUUCCAAAUUUUAUCAAGUUGAGACGAUUACAUUAUUUGCUUGAAUUAAAAAAAAAAAUUAUUAGAUAACACCACAAAAAUUGACGAAUAAUUACUGACCACAUAUUAGUUAGUGGUUAAUAAGGAUGAAACGUUUAACACCACAAAGAAAUGUUGACUAUAAAUAAACAAUUUCAGAUCACAUAACAUUUGUAGACAUAGAGAUCUAGCUCCACGCAUUUGUGUUUAGCCUAUAAAUAGCCAUUGAUAAUUCUCUUUUUCUUCUCUCUGUUAUCUUCAAAAUCUACACAAAAAAAGCCCCAAAAUAGCAAAUCAAGUUCCACCGAUUGAGAAGCUCAAAGAAAAGAAAAAGAGAUAAAGGUUCCCCAUUAAAGGCAAAUUGAUGAUCUUAUGCUUAUACUCUCACUACCAAUUUCGACGUCUGUAGACAACUAACACAGAGUUAAAAUGCAACCACAAGAAAAAUUCAGAGGAAAUGAGCAGGAUGUACUCGUCAUCACAUCCCUCUUCUCUCGAUCGGUCGCAACCUAGAAAGAACAUAUUCGAAGUUGCAGCCAUUUCUUUGAAUUCACAAACAUGCAUAAAGAUAGUAGCAACAAACCGAGUUUUACGCAGAUACUAUGGGCUUCUUCAAUUGGCCUGCUCUUCGUAGCGGCAAUGCAUUAUCGUAUUAAGAAGCUACGGGAUCAGAGGAUCAUCCCGCGCCUGAAAGUUUCGGAUACGGGUCGCGUAGAAAAGCUCGAGAGCUUUCACCAUUAUGUAGCAAGGCAAAUGGGAUUCAAAGAUAUAAACGAGUGCCCACAUCUCUGCAAGUUGGCUUCUGAGUACAUAGCCAAAUCCGAAGGGUGCGAAGAUGACAUCUAUUCCUUUUUCUCAAGUGAGCUGCACGCAGAUUCCCUCUUUGUGAAACUCGUGGAGGAAUUCGAACGAUGCAUUCUCAGUUAUUUCGCUUUCCAUUGGAACCAAACCGAUAUUAUGGUUAGCCAGAUUUUGAGUUCUGACCAUCAGGAGCCUAAGAAGAAACUCAGAAGCAUUGUAAUGGCUGCAACCAGGGAGCAGAGGUUUGAGAGGGUAACGAAGAACCUGAAAGUUGCAAGAGUAUUUACAACUUUAGUUGAGGAAAUGAAAGCAAUGGGACUCGCAUCGACCGACGACUCUCAAUGCACAGAGGUGAUGGCUCCGAUGGCUCUUGCCGAUAGAAGUCCAAUGCUCCUCUUCAUGGGCGGCGGAAUGGGGGCGGGCAAGAGUACCGUGCUUAAGGACAUUCUCAAAGAGCCGUUCUGGGCAGGAGCAUCUGCUAAUGCAGUUAUAAUUGAGGCAGAUGCAUUUAAAGAAUCAGAUGUCAUUUAUAGAGCUCUUAGCUCAACUGGUCACCAUCAUGACAUGCUCCAAACUGCUGAACUGGUACACCAAUCAUCCACAGAUGCAGCUUCAUCACUUCUUGUGACAGCACUGAAUGAAGGACGAGACGUAAUCAUGGAUGGAACAUUGUCGUGGGUACCAUUUGUAGUGCAGACAAUUACAAUGGCCAGGAACGUCCACCGUCGACGUUAUCGAAUGGGAGCUGGCUAUAAGGUUGGAGAUGAUGGAACUGUAACGGAAAACUAUUGGGAACGAAUAGAAGAUCAAGAACCGGAUCAAGUUGGAGGCAAGAGAAGAAGACCAUACAGGAUUGAACUUGUUGGAGUUGUUUGUGAUGCUUAUUUAGCUGUUAUAAGAGGCAUAAGGAGAGCUCUUAUGUGUAGAAGAGCAGUAAGAGUAAAAUCUCAACUGAAAUCCCACAAGAGAUUUGCAAAUGCAUUCUUAACAUAUUGCCAAUAUGUUGAUAAUGCAAGGCUAUAUUGCACCAACGCUUUGGAAGGCCCACCUAAGUUCAUAGGAUGGAAAGACAAAGACAAGACACUGUUGGUUGAUCCAGAAGAAAUAAAGUGUCUAAGAACCGUAGGGAGCUUAAAUGAGGAAGCAAACUCCAUAUAUGAACUUUAUAGAAAACCUAACCCUGUUUGUGAAGCUGGAUCAGUUUGGAAAGACAUUGUGUUGUCACCUUCAAGGAUAGCCAUCCAACAAGAGCUCAAAUAUUGCAUUAAGAAAGUUGAAAGUUUGAAAUCUUUAGGCCAAAAAGGAGCAGAGUUUCUAACUUCCUAACUUUUCCAUGAUGAGGCUAAGUAGACCUUUUUCUCUUUUCUUUUUUUUCCUUUUUCCUCUUUUAAUUCUUCUUCACAGCUGAAGGCUAAUAUUUUUGUACAUGUUGUUGGGGAUGCAUUAAUUUUAUAUAGAUGAGGCUAUAUGUAGAACUCUAUUUUCAAUACAAAGCAAGAGGAAUCCUAGAAAGAAAUUUAUAAUCUCCAUUUAUGGUAGAA